AUGGAGGUUAGUUCGACAAUAGCAAAAACAUUUAAACGAUUUACAAUACCCCGAAGUACUUCAUCCAUCGGCUCGUUUACAACAUCAAACGGUACUGCCGCUAGUAGAGAACAGAAUUCAGUAGAAUCAACACCACAAUCUUCACAUCAUAAACAUCCACCAUUAUCCUAUGCUCAACAUUGUCGACCGAUUCAACAACAUCAUUCACAAGAGAAUUUAAACGCAUCAACUGUACAAAAAACAAAUAGAAGUUUUUCUACUCGACCCGUAAGUGGAGAUAUUUCAACAUAUAUGAUUCGUUCAGCAUCAACGGAAUUUAAUUCAUCCACGAAUGAAAAUACAACGAAAAAAAGCAAAAUGAGUUUUACUAAUAAAAAAUCUUCAAAUAUACGUGAUAUUAAUUUUAAUCAUAUAAAAGAAUCUUCUUUGGAUGAUGAUGAUGAUAAUAAUAAUAAUAAUAAUAAUAAUACCGAAAACAAUGAUAAUACAAUAAAAACACAUGAAAAACAACGCUCAUCAUUUAAAUCUUUAUUAACAAAAAAAUUUCAACCAUUAACUGUUUCAUCAUCUGUCAACAUAACAGCUAAACAGAAAAAACCACGUAAUUCAUUUCGUCAAUUCUCUCAAUUUCUUAAACGAAGUCAUAGUACGAAUACAGAUCUAUCAGUAAUAGCUAAAUCUAAUAAUCAACAAAGUUCACAUAAUGUUAAUCUUGUUCAUCAACAUGUACAACCUGAAUUUUCCGAUGAAUUCAAUUCAACACAUUUAACACGUUCAAAUACAACUGUUAUUUGUAAUGCGAAUAGUGCAACAUUAGUACCGAUAUCUGAAGAAGAAAAUUGUCUACCAAUAAAACAACAACAACAACAACAACAACAAAAUAGAUUAAAAUCAUCAAACGAUCAUGUUGAUCAAACCAAUCCAAAUCAAAUGAAUAAUGGAAUGACAACUCAUCAACCUAUAACAAAAACUAUAUCUAGCCUUAGUGCAUCGUCAUCAUCAUCGAUUUCGGGUACUUCAUCGACAUCGAAUAAAUAUCACAAUUAUAAUAAUCAAUCUCAAUUACAAGAUGGUUCAAUUAAACCAACAAAAUCUUCUUCAUCACCAGUGACAUCAAACUCUGAUAAAACCCUUUCUACUGUUAUGAAUAAUAAUCGUACUAAUAAAUCCUUUUUGACUAAAACAAUAAGUAUUCAUGGAGAUGUUAGUCAUUUAAUGAAUAAUCAUCACUUAUCAACAUCGAAUGCAAACACUAACAAAGAACGAACAGUCAUUCAUCAAACUAUGUCAUUAAGUGCAGACUGUGAAAAUGCAAACAGCAUGAAUCAGCAAAUGACAAAAGUUAAAAUGCGUGACCAUAGUGCAAAAAAGAAAAAAGGACUUCGUGAACUUAAAUCACGUAUAUCAUUACCACCUGAAUUAAAAAAUGGUUUAUCACAGCGCACAAAUAAUAAUAAUAAUAAUGUUAGUUAUCAAACAAACGACUCAAAUAAUAUUAGAUCAAAAUUAUCGCAACGUUCAUCUUAUUAUCAAACAACGUCUGCAUCAGUUCAAGCACUUGACGAGGCUUUAAAUCAAUCUAAUAUAUCAUCAUCACAUUUAUCACCAUAUUUUAGUUCAAGUUCAGGUGGACAAUUAAGUCGAAAUGAACAUCGACUUUCAAUGCUUGAUCUUGGCUUCGGAAAAAUUGAGUCGUACGUCAAAUUGGAAAAAUUAGGAGAAGGUACUUAUGCAACAGUUUAUAAAGGAACGUCUACUUUACAUACUGGUUUUAUUGCAUUGAAAGAAAUUCGACUUGAACAAGAAGAAGGUGCGCCAUGCACAGCACUACGUGAAGUGAGCCUAUUGAAAGGCCUCAAACAUAAUAAUAUUGUUAGUUUAUAUGAUAUUAUAUUUGAUAAAACAACAUUAACACUUGUAUUUGAAUAUGUUGAAAAAGAUUUAAAACAAUAUAUGGAUGAUUGUGGAAAUAUACUGCGUAUGAAUAAUGUUCACUUGUUUUUAUUUCAACUUUUGCGUGGUCUCGAAUAUUGUCAUGCUAGAAAAAUUCUUCAUCGUGAUUUAAAGCCACAAAAUUUAUUAAUUAAUGAACGUGGUGAAUUAAAAUUAGCUGAUUUCGGUCUUGCUCGUAUUAAAUCAUUUCCAACAAAAACAUAUUCCCAUGAAGUUGUUACAUUAUGGUAUAGGCCACCAGAUGUUUUACUUGGUAGUACAGAAUAUUCUACACCCAUUGAUAUAUGGGCUGUUGGGUGUAUUUUUUAUGAGAUGGCAUGUGGUCGACCAUUAUUUGCCGGUACAAAAGUUGAUGAAGAAUUAAAUUUAAUAUUUAAAUAUCUUGGGACACCAACUGAACAAACAUUACCCGGUGUUACAUCGAAUCCUGAUUUUCAAGCAUUGAGACUACCUUUCUAUCAUGGUGAACCAUUGAAACGUUUAGCAACACGACUUGAUCAAACUGGUAUUAAUUUAUUAGAUAAAUUCUUACGUUAUAAUCCAAAUUGUCGAAUAUCUGCGCGAGAUGCAAUGAUGGAUGAACUGUUUUCAACUUAUCCACCAGAAAUACAUACGUUAGACCCAAUACGAUCAAUAUUAGAUUUAAAUGGAAUCGUUCUAAUGAAAGACCAUGGGUCAAAGUUUAUUUCAUCAUCGCUUAUGAAAACGGCUAUUUCGAAACGAUCGAGUGUUCAUCUGUGA